UUAAUGCAGGAUAGAAGAAAAACCACUGGAAGAUAAUGUUUUACCUUGAAAAGCGAAAAAGCAGGCCCUUUCUUUUGCAAUAAUAAGGUCUAGAUUCAACGCUGAAGUCGAGAAUUGUGCAAUGGCAUCAACAACUAGUGAAGUUGUAUGAGUUGGAUCUCUUCUCUGAGAAUCAGAAUGCAGCCUCCAAGUAGGUCUUCUACGAGAUCACAAAGCAUGUAGAAGUCGCCUUUCUCACUUAGGGCAUUUCUCUUGCCGGAAUCAUCUCAGACGGAAAGAAUCCAGGGAUAAUUAAGCAAACUCCAAAUAAUUUAUCCGUUUCUAUUAUGCGUGGAAACCGGCUAUUCCGGUCAUCCCUCCCUCCGCGUUCUUCUUCGUUCAGCUCCUGCGGCUGCUCAGCUUUUUCUUUCCUAAUUCCUACACUGAACCAAACUCUUCUGGAGUGCGACUGAAAGGAAGCGCCAUGGUCGCGGACCUCCUCACUAACCCUUAAGAGAAUCCGCUCUCGCUGCACAACAAACAUGCAUUGCUGUUUUGCCCCCUUUUCUGCUCUCCAUUUCUCAAUCUGUAACCACCUCUCCCACAUAAGAUCCUUAAUCGGAGCCAACCACACCUCCGCUCGCUUCUGCUCUCGCUAACCUCAUCAUCUCUAUCGAUCUCUCUUUCUUUCUAGUGCCUUCGAUUUAGCUGGUUUUUUGCUUUUUUGAGACAGGGUGCAACAUUACCAGUCAUGGAGACUACCACAGGCAAGCCCGGCUCCCUAAGGAACAUUCUGGUCCGGUUGCUCUUGUUCGGUGUUCUCAUCAUUGUCGUUCGAUUCGCCUACGUUGUUACGAUUACCGGUGAGUCGUGUAAGGUCGUCGACUUUUGCUUCUUCUCCUUACCGGAGACUUUCAAUUUCAUUAUCGCCGGUGCCGGCCCUGGAGCCUCUGCCAUUGCUGCUAACGGCGCCUUACAGACGACCAACAGGUCAGAUCUCUACACUAGCAAGGGUUGGAUAAAGGCCGUCAAUUUCUACUCCUCGGUCUUCCAGGAUCUGAUAUCUGAAGGCUACCUAUCGGAGGGCUCGAAGUCCCUGUGCGUACAGACCCCUACCGGACAGGACGUCCACGCUCUGAAACAGGUUGGGGUUGAGGACUCGAUUGGAAUUUUCAAGAAAGCGUCACGGCCUUUGGUAAUUAAGGCCCUUCCUAACCGAGUCCCAUUCGACGACAAUACCUUCGACUUCGUGUUCUCCGGUGGGGGUCGUCUCGACCAGCUGUCUCGGCCGUUGGAGUUGGCGUCGGAGAUCGAACGGACGCUGAGACCCGAAGGGUUUGCGGUGGUCCACAUUGAAGCCAAAGAUUCGUAUAGUUUCAAUUCUUUCCUUGAGUUAUUCAACUCUUGUAAGUUAGUCAAAUCCCACGAUAUAGACGGCCUUGAUUCGUUGAUGCCUUAUAUACGCGAAAUUGUCCUGAAAAAGGAGAUUGAAAUACUUGGCCUUCGAGGGGAUGAGAAACCCAAACCCAAUGACGAUUCGGAGACUAAGUGCUGGGUUCCGGAGCAUAAGCAAGAACUGGUACAGAACGCGGAGCCGUUGAUCAUGGAAGAGCCGUUGAAGCCGUGGAUCACGUUGAAGAGGAACAUAAGGAAUAUAAAAUAUCUAACGUCAAUGGCUGAUAUUAGCUUUAAGAAUAGGUAUGUGUAUGUGGAUGUUGGGGCUAGAAGUUAUGGGUCUAGCAUUGGAAGUUGGUUCAAGAAGCAAUACCCAAAACAGAAUAAGAUCUUUGAAGUGUAUGCCGUCGAAGCUGAUAAGGCAUUUCAUGAAGAAUAUAGCUUGAAGAAAGCGGUUAGGCUGUUGCCUUACGCUGCGUGGGUGAGGAAUGAGACAUUGUUGUUUGAGAUUAAUCGAGACCUGGGAAAGAAUGGCAAUCAUAAUAGGAGAGGAAUGGGGAGGAUUCAACCCUCUGGUGGUGGUGGUAAUAAUGGCGGGGAUGUGAAUAUGAUUCAGGGGUUUGAUUUCGCGAAUUGGUUGAAGAGCACGGUCACAGAGAGGGACUUUGUGGUGAUGAAGAUGGACGUCGAAGGGACCGAAUUCGAUUUGAUUCCAAGGUUGUUUGAGACCGGGGCGAUCUGCUUGAUUGAUGAGAUAUUUCUCGAGUGUCAUUACAAUAGGUGGCAGAGAUGUUGCCCUGGUCAGAGGAGUUCCAAAUAUGAGAAAACUUAUGGCCAGUGCUUGGAGCUGUUUACUUCGCUCAGGCAAAGUGGAGUUCUUGUUCAUCAAUGGUGGUAGCCGGUAAUCCUCUUGUAACAAUUGUUUUUUUAUUUAACAGUAUUAUUUUUUUUUAAAUUUCUUUAUUUUACAAAUGAAACAUUUGUAGUUUUUAUAUUUAUUUGUGUCCAGAAUUUUACUUUGGAUGUAAGAGGGUUGUAGCUGGAAAUGAAAAUUUCAUUUGUUCAAUGUUC